GGCGAUAUUUUCUUAAUGAUCGCGCGUGUGGAGUAGCUGCCGGGGUCGUUGAAAUUUUAUGGAAAUCGCUUAUAAUUUGAAGCAAUGGCUGCCAAAAGAAAGCCAGAUGCGCAGAUCCCAGAGGAGGAAAGUGACCGUUUGAUUGUCCGACCAUUGGGUGCUGGACAAGAGGUCGGGAGGUCAUGCAUAAUGCUCGAAUUCAAGGGAAAGAAAAUUAUGCUUGACUGUGGAAUCCACCCCGGUCGUGAUGGCAUGGACUCUCUACCUUACUUUGAUCUCAUUGACCCUGAAGAGAUAGACCUACUUCUUGUUAGCCACUUUCACUUAGAUCACUGUGGAGGUCUGCCGUAUUUUCUAAAGAACACUCAGUUUCGUGGACGAGUUUUUAUGACCCAUGCAAGCAAAGCUAUUUACAGAUGGAAUCUCUCGGAUUAUGUCAAAGUCAGUAACCUGUCAGCAGAGCGUAUGCUGUACACCGACGCAGACCUCCAGACGAGCAUGGACCGGAUCGAAACAGUUAAUUUCCACCAGGAAGUCGAUCUAAAUGGGAUACGUUUCUCAUGUUUCCAUGCCGGUCAUGUCCUGGGGGCCUGUAUGUUCCUGAUAGAGAUUGCUGGUGUCAAGAUACUGUAUACAGGUGAUUUCUCACGCCAAGAGGACCGGCAUCUGAUGCAGGCCGAGUUGCCCAAUAUCAAACCAGAUAUUCUCAUUACAGAAUCCACCUACGGCACUCACAUACAUGAGAAACGGGAAGACCGAGAGGCCCGAUUCACAAGCACGGUUCACGACAUAGUCAACAGAGGAGGGCGCUGUUUAAUACCCGUCUUUGCCCUGGGGCGAGCACAGGAGCUUCUUCUGAUUCUUGAUGAGUAUUGGUCAAAUCACCCUGAGCUGCAUGAUAUACCAAUCUACUACGCCUCAUCUCUGGCUAAGAAGUGCAUGGCCGUCUACCAAACAUAUAUAGAUGCUAUGAAUGAGAAGAUACGAAGACAGAUCAAUGUUAGCAAUCCAUUUGUAUUCAAGCACAUUUCAAACCUACGUGGGAUGGACCACUUUGAUGACGUCGGGCCGUCCGUUGUCAUGGCGAGCCCUGGUAUGAUGCAGUCUGGCCUGUCGAGGGAGCUGUUCGAGAACUGGUGCACGGACCGGCGCAACGGUCUCAUUAUCGCUGGUUACAGUGUGGAAGGCACUAUGGCAAAGCAUGUGAUGUCAUCACCCGAGGAGAUCCAGACUCUGAGCGGUCAGAAGGUUCCACUGAAGAUGUCCGUUGACUACAUCUCAUUCUCUGCUCACGCUGAUUAUGAACAGACAUCAGAGUUCAUCAGAGCUCUUAAACCUCCUCAGAUUGUUCUGGUCCAUGGUGAAGCGAAUGAAAUGAGUAGAUUGAAAGCUGCGAUUCUGAGGGAAUACGAGGACGACGACGAGUAUAACAUCCAGGUUCAUAACCCUCGCACUACCCAAGCUGUUGAGCUCUACUUCAGGGGAGAGAAAAUGGCAAAGGUGAUGGGUAGCCUCGCAGCUCAGCGCCCAAGGCACAAUAGCAAGAUAUCGGGGAUCCUUGUCAAGAGAAACUUUAACUAUCACAUCAUGGCCCCAUCAGACUUAUCAGAAUACACGGAUCUAGCUGUUAGCAACGUGACCCAGCGCCAGAGCAUCGCCUACCAUGCCCCGCUCUCUCUCCUCACGCACUACCUCACCCAGUUGUCGACCGACCUGGAAUAUACAGAGCUCAAUGACAAGCCCGCUCUCCGUAUCUUCGGUGAAAUCAACAUUGUCCAUGACCCAGCUGCCAGGAUUAUAACAUUAGAGUGGGUAGCCAAUGCUGAGAAUGACAUGUACGCUGAUGCUGUCAUGACGGUCGUAGUGAGGGUUGCUUCCGAUCCAGACGCUCAAAAAUUCAAGCAGUUACCAGCCAAAAACGAUAGCCAGGUAUUCAGCGAACGUCUCAUGGUCCUACUGAGGGAUAUGUUCGGCCAGAGUACUGUUACAAACUUCCCUGACAGUGAUGAUCUGCUGGUCUGUAUGGACGGCAAAGAAGCACAAGUCAACAUCGAAUCACUGGAGGUGAAGUCUGAGGAUAAGCAACUGAAGUCCAUGGUCACAACUGCUAUGAAAAGAUUGCAUGAAGCGAUUGACCCUGUUGCUAUCGUCAGCUAGAAGAUGGCAAAUACAAAAGCUGUUAUAGAACUUGGGACCAAAAUUGAUGUUUUUUUUACUGCAGAGUGUUAAUUGCUAGUGGUCAAGCUGUCGGAGUAUUUUACAUGGACGACUGAUCAGUGGACAUCAAGGAUGUACUCCAGGCCGGUUUGGAGGCCACAUUUGGGCGGCCUCGACCUUGGGUUGAAUCAAAUGUACAAAGUCUAAGGGAGAAGUUAUUCUCCAGCUGCCUCCUGACUUGGAAGAAAUAGUCUUGACUUCAUCAGUGGUGGGCAUUACUAGCAGCAGCUCAUAAUCUUCAUAUUACCUCCCAUGGAGGGAAGUGAUAAUU